AUGGCAACCGCCAGCGAUGAACCAGGCGAUGCAGGAAAUCGAUUUAUUGACCCAUUUAAUGCGCUCCUGUUUGACGUGGCAGACGAAAUUAACCAUGUACCAUGGAACGAUGACCUAUCUCUUCAGCUUGCUGAUGUCUAUACAAAGUUACGAGUGGCUAAAGUAGGAAAAAGAGGUGGUUUUACAACUGGAGAAAUUGUAGAAAACUCAACUGAUAUUUUUAAUCGAAGUGUCCAACAAAGGACAUCGUCAAGACGUAUUAGAGUUGAAGGUGCCCCAGCUAUUGGGAAGUCCAUUUUCUGUAGAAAGCUGGCAUAUGAUUGGGCUUGUGGUGAAUUUGAUCAGUUUAAAGUGGUCUUACUCAUUGAAUUGAGACAUGUAAGACAGAGGAAAAUUGUUGAUGUAAUAUUUGAUCAACUAUUGCCUAUUGAUGCCAAAAUCUAA